UGCUAGGAUGUAGUUUUGAAUCCAAGUCUAAUAGUCGAGCACUUGAUACAGUGGGCUCGGCUAUGAUCAUUGGUUUAUCAAUCAAUGGAUACUUGCACUCGAAUAAACCUCUUUGACAAGAAUAAACAAGAUUGAAUAAAACAGAAGUUUGAGCUGUGACGACCUUGAAGGUUUGAUGUGAUUCAGGCAGAGCUGUCUUUUCUCCUCCUCAUUCAUAGAGACUAAACAAGGCUCUGCUGGUAGGAUGAAGAUAAUGGAGAUGUUCAUAUUUAAUGAGAUGUAAAAGAAGUGGCCAGAUAUUUAACAAUUAAUGAAUGAGGCUGAGUAUCUUAUGAAGAAUUAUGGAGAUCAAGGAGGGUGCUAUCGGCUGAGGCAGAUAACACCCUCUGAGAUCUCCAUAAUUCUUCAUAUGAUACGAAAGCCGAAUUCAGUAAUUGUGUUGUUAUUCUUUCAAAAUGGUUCCUAGUUUAAAAACGUAGCUAAAACAUGCUUACCUUAAUCAAUGAUAAGUUCGUCUUCAAUAGUGCACAUUUAGGGUUGGUCAGCUCUGCAAUUAAUAUUCUCCAAAUAGCAGAUGUCGCCCUUUGAGUUGUCUUCUUGCUGUUCUUACCAUGUUUUAAGCUAUUAUUUCGCCUAGUUCUUCCCCUUGAAACAAGUGAAAUGUCCGCCAUUUUCACAACCAAAACAAUUUGUUCAACGUGUUCCUACGUCUUCUCGGUUAACGGUGCAUUAAUCUGCAAUAAGGCUGCACUUUUGACGUCAUCGGUUUAUUAGAUGCAAAAUUCUUUCAGAUUUGGUCAACAGGAGCUGGUUAUGGUAAAUUAUGUGUGUGCUUUUAGCCAAUCAGAAUCGGGGAAAUAUUUUGAAUGAAUAAUAAUGUGCAGUGAAGACAAGUCUGGUUUCUAUAUAAUUGUCUGGAUUACCUCAGUUGUCCCUAAUUUUUUGGGACAGAACAAUCAAGGUAAUCUGUAUUAUUAUAUAGAAUUCAGCCUAGAUAAAGACCUCAGUCGUAUCCAGACCAGGUGUUAGCAAUCACCUCUUUUGUCAAGUUGACCUCACCUUGCAUAGGUGGUGAUUGUAAUCUGUGUCUCACAAACGCCUCACAAAACUUGGCGUUGAUCACGCUUUUUAAAAAAUGCCUCAAUGGGCAGGGUUAAGAGGUGGUUGAUUGACCAGCCUUGAUAUCCUGUCGUAAAGAUCUCUACUUCCUUCUUUUGUUUCCUUUUUUCUUCUUCAUUUUUGCCUUGUUUAAUUGUCUUGUUUUACUUUUUGGCCGCUGUUGCAAAGCAUAUGUAGCAUUUUUUUGCCUGCCAGAUGAAAAAGUCAAAGAAAAUGGCAAGUUUGCAUGCAAGCUGAACUUGGUUUUAACAGCCAAAAUACGGAGUUGAAAUCUGUCGGUGAUCCAUUCGAAUGGAAAGCACCUUGACAAUUGCAGGUUUGCCUUGGUGUAAAAUGAAUUCAAAGAUAGAUGUUUGGCAAAUAAACAAAGUUUUGAGGGGGAAAAGCUAACUGAAUUGCAUCUCCAACACAGUCAUAUAGCUGACAGAAGCAACCUUGUCUGUGAAGAAAGAUGUGGUACAAAUGUUCUUUAUAAGAACAAGAACAGAUGAGAACAAAAUUGCAAAAUCCACUAGCCCUGGGCUAUCGCUCAUGACUCUUUUUUCAGGCUGAUUGGAAACAUGUUUUGUUUUUUAGGAUGUUACAGUCACCAAUGAUGGUGCAACAAUACUAAAGUUGCUGGAAGUUGAACAUCCUGCAGCUAAGGUUCUCUGUGAGCUCGCUGAUCUUCAGGAUCAAGAGGUUGGAGAUGGUACAACCUCUGUUGUCAUACUUGCUGCAGAACUCCUGAGAGGUGCUAAUGAACUUGUGAGACAGAAAAUUCACCCGACGUCUAUCAUAAGUGGCUACAGAUUAGCUUGCAAGUAAGUAAAGGCACCAGUUUGCGUGGGUAAGUUGAGUUUACUAAAGAUUUUUGUCAUCAUCUCAAACUGAAUGAUGCAAACUAGAAAUUGCUGUCAGACUUAAUUUUUGCUGACUAUUAAUUUCGUUAAUUAAUUUCAAAAUAUUUAGCUGAUAAAUAGGUGCGGUUUCACACAUUAAUAAAGUUAAUGAAGCCAUGGUAAAUUUUAACGUGGGUUUAGUUUACUGUGGUAACGUAUGGUUACACAUGAAUUAAUUCCCAAGUGGUCAUUUACCACGAUAAAAGUGUCCCUGUGUAACUGCACCUAAUAAUGACUGUCUUAAAUAUCUGGUCUGUUUAGUCAUCAUGUCUCAAUUCGGGAAGGAUUUUGUCAGAUAUAGACAAACAUUAGUGGUAUGUUGUCCAAUGACAGACUAUUAUUAUUUGGAGGUUGACAUGAUGUCAUGGCGGCCAUGUUAGUGUUCCAAAAAAUGAAACGGCGGCCAUGUUGGUGUAUCAACUCCAAUUCCUGUGGGAGUUGAAUUCUUUUCUUAUGCAAAUGCUUUCUUUUGUUCCAAUAAAUUUGCAUAGAGGCUGGCC